AGAUGACAAAGGGGACUUCUUCCUUUGGUAAGCACCAGAAUAAGAUGCACACUUUGUGCCUUCGUUGUGGUUCUAAGGCAUAUCAUCUUCAGAAGUCAACACGUGGCAAAUGUGGAUACCCUGCUAAACGCAAGAGAAAGUUUAACUGGAGUGCAAAGGCUAAGAGACGCAACACCACUGGUACUGGUCGAAUGAGGCACCUAAAAAUUGUAUACCGCUGUUUCAGGAAUGGAUUCCGUGAAGGAACAACACCUAAACCCAAGAGAGCAGCUGUCGCAGCAUCUAGUUCAUCUUGAGGAUUCAGCUGUUUGUUAAAA